UGAGAUUCCCGGAAGAGUGCUCCUGCAGGUGCUGUGACAGUUUGAGCCCAUUCAGUGCCAGGAAGGGUCCCAGCACUCAGCACCUACUGACUGGUAACCAGGGGCAACACAGCCCCAUCCCCUCCCUUGGCAACACAUGGAGGGCAGCAGAAUGAUUCAGGGUUAAGUUGCGAUGGGCUGGAUGUACCCUGGUGAAGAGACUGUGCCUUUCCAUCUACAAUGGCUUCAGAGAUGGAGAAGGCUAGUGCCCUGCUCCAAACUUUCAGCACCGCUUCUGUUGUUUCAAGUUUAGGAUUGAGCGUCUUCUGCUUUUUGGCAGACAAUGUUCAGCAAGCUCCCUUCAUCCAGCAAAACGAUUGGCUGAGAGCCCUGUCUGACAAUGGCACACAUGGUGUAAUUGGCAUGUGGUCCUGGGCGAUUGUGAUUGGUCUCCGGAAGAAAAGUGACUUUUAUGAAGUUAUCCUCGCUGGCUUUUUUGCAUCUGUUAUUGACCUCGAUCACUUCUUCCUUGCUAGUUCGUUUUCACUAAAGGCUGCAUUGAACCUCCCACAACGACCACCUCUUCAUUGCUCCACAUUGAUCCCUAUUGUGGCUCUCAGUCUGAAAUUCCUAAUGCAGUUGUUGAGACUCAAAGACUCGUGGUGUUUCCUACCGUGGAUGUUGUUCAUAUCCUGGACUUCCCACCACAUUCGGGAUGGAGUUCGUCAUGGACUUUGGAUCUGUCCGUUUGGGAAGACUGCUCCGUUGCCAUAUUGGCUGUAUGUGGCAAUCACCGCAUCCUUACCAAAUCUGUGUUCUCUCAUUAUGUAUCUAACAGGGACCAGGGAAAUGAUGACGACCAAGCACGGAAUACGUAUUGAUGUGUAAGGUUAACAUUAGGCUUGAAGUUUAAAGUGAAUUGUUUACAGAAAUAAUCAUCUUUAUUUCUUAACACUUUGUCUCAUUUUGACAGCAGGUAAUUCAACACAGUUUCUGACAUUUGACAUUUCAACAAAUCCGCUUCAUGAUUUAAGAGAUAUAUUCAAAUUGGGGUGUUCAGCACUCAUCAACGAGAAUCAUCGGUUUAAAAUCAGAUGAUUUUGUUGCUGAAUGGUAUAGUAGAUUUAUUUUUACCUUUUUCUAUAGAGAAACGCAGUCCUAAUUUUUCCACUAGUGGUUUAUAUUAAAAUUAAAGAAGAAUAUAGAAUGUAUUGUAGAGAGCACUAUGGGAUCUUUGUAGAUGAAUGUGUGUGUUCAUUUCUUUUUCUACUUUACUUAAUUUUGCCCACAUAAAUAAUUUAUGUGGAACCAGGGGCUCAAGAUUUGAAGUCCCAAGUUACUAGUUUGGCAAAAACUACUUAUCUCAGACAUGUCUAAAGAGUAUUUUUCCUGUCCCUUAGGAUUAUUCACUAAACUGGAAAUUCAAAGUAAAAUAUUUCAAAUUUAAGGUAAAAAUACUGGAUAUAUUCUCUAAGUCACCCAAUUUGGCUACUUUGGCCUUAAAUUUGAAAUUCACUUUGAAUUCCCACUUUAGUGAAUAACUCUGAUUGUUACUAGCAAACUUUUCAUUAUCACUUGCCCUUUUCCCCCCUCAUAACAUGUCUCCCAACAAUCUGGUUUGGGAAAUCAAAACAGGAUGUUUGGGGACCUGGUGGGCAUCACCAGUGACAUGACCUGCGUCACUAUCAAUGCCUGUAAGGGGUGGGCCCACCAACUGGCUAGCUGCCUUAUCAAACCCCCAGCUUUCAGAACCAUGGUCUUAGUGCCAACUGCAGGACACUAGGAACUUUAGUGGGACAGGACUCUGAGAUCAGAACUGUCCCACCAAAAGUGGGACUUUUGGGAGACUUUCUAAUGUCACUUACACCAACUCCCUCCCCAUUUCAGUCUUUUUACUUUUACCAUUUUUGGGCAUUUGUUACAAAGCUUAUUUUAAUUUGUUUACUUUUGCCAGAGGUGAAGGGCCCCCACUGGUUGGCAAAAUUUUUGAACUUAUGUAGAAGCCGUAGAACAACCCUCAGUCCAAAAUAAGAACAGGUUAGAAUGGGAACACCUUAUUUGACAAGUUAAUGUUUUUCUGUUGCAGCCUUGUGUUACCCAGCCAAUUGAAGACAUUUGGAGAGUUCAUUUUAGGAUUGAUGAUAUUACAAUUGAAGAAUUUUUCACUUGACUGAGCAAGUGGUUGGAUUGGUGUGUCGUGUCCUAAAUAAUCUGAAAUGCCAGUAGGAGACUUGAAUAGCUUGACCUCAUGUGGCCUUGUGCAGGGAGGGAUGUCUCCUUUUAUUUUAAAAGAAUUGUAUUUAUUUUGAUUAAUUUGGUGAUGUAAUAAAGUACUAUAUGGUAAAUAAAAUCUAUUUAAAAUGAAACUAUAUUAUUUUGUUAUUUUAUUGCCAAAUUUAGUU